CCUCUUCUCUCUCUUUCUUCUGCUCUCGAUCUGCUGUUUCUUCUGCUUCUCCCAAGUCAAUUCCAGCAGAAAAGGUGCACGGAUCUCUGCAGUACCUGUCUGUGGAGCUCUUCGUGCUUGGAUCGGCUCUUUUUAUGGUGUGAUUCAAGUGUUGUUGGAUCGAUCUGUGAGAUUCGUGGCUUUUGUUUUUUGAUUUUGGAUCUAAGAGGGAGGGAGAAUGUCUUCCCUGAGCAGAGAGCUGGUUUUUCUGAUACUUCAGUUUCUGGAAGAAGAGAAAUUCAAGGAGACUGUUCACAAAUUAGAGAAAGAGUCAGGGUUUUUCUUCAAUAUGCGAUAUUUUGAAGACUGUGUAGCCAAUGGUGAAUGGGAUGAGGUGGAGAAGUACCUAGCUGGGUUUACCAAGGUUGAUGAUAAUAGAUACUCGAUGAAGAUUUUCUUUGAGAUUCGGAAACAGAAGUACCUUGAAGCACUUGACAAGCAUGAUCAUGCUCGAGCUGUGGAGAUUCUUGCGAAAGACUUGAAAGUAUUCUCUACAUUUAAUGAAGAACUUUUUAAGGAAAUUACGAUGCUCUUAACUUUGGGAAACUUUAGGGAGAAUGAGCAGCUAUCUAAGUAUGGAGAUACCAAAUCUGCAAGAGCUAUAAUGUUUGUUGAGCUCAAAAAAUUGAUUGAGGCGAAUCCACUUUUCCGUGAUAAGCUUCAAUUUCCCACCUUAAAAAAUUCCAGGUUGAGGACACUAAUCAAUCAAAGCUUGAAUUGGCAGCACCAACUUUGCAAGAAUCCAAGGCCUAACCCUGACAUCAAAACCCUCUUUGUUGAUCAUACUUGUGGCCCACCAAAUGGCACUCGUGCUCCUUCUCCUGUUACUAACCCUUUAAUGGGAUCCAUUCCUAAAGUAGGUGGUUUUCCACCACUAGGUGCUCAUGGUCCUUUUCAGCCUGCACCAGCACCAGCACCAGCACCACUUACAGCAUCUCUUGCAGGAUGGAUGGCUAAUCCAUCUUCUAUGCCACAUCAAACAGUGUCUGCAGGGCCUAUUGGCUUAUCUCCUUCUAGUAAUGCUGCAUCUAUGGUAAAGCGCCCUAGGACUCCUCCAACUAACAACCUAGCAAUGGACUAUCAAACUGCAGAUUCUGAAAGUGUAUUGAAGAGAGGAAGAGCUUUUGGAAUAUCAGAAGAGGUUAACAAUCUACCAGUUAAUAUUUUACCAGUCACUUAUCCAGGCCAGAGUCAUGCCUACCCAUUGUAUUCUUCUGAGGAUUUGCCCAAGAAUGUCAUGGGAAAUUUAAAUCAGGGUUCUGCUGUCAAGAGCAUGGAUUUUCAUCCGGUUCAACAAACUUUGCUUCUUGUUGGAACAAACAUUGGUGAUAUAACAAUCUGGGAUGUUUGGAGUAAAGAGCGGCUUGUCUCUAGAAACUUCAAGGUUUGGGAUCUUAGUACAUGUUCAAUGCCUCUACAGGCAUCCUUGGCCAAUGAGUAUACUGCAGCAGUAAACCGAGUUAUCUGGAGCCCAGAUGGUGCCCUUUUGGGUGUUGCCUACUCCAAGCACAUAGUGCACGUAUAUUCAUAUCAUGGAAGUGAUGAUUUGCGGAAUCAUCUAGAGAUUGAUGCUCACAUUGGGAAUGUCAGUGAUGUUGCUUUCUCUCACCCAAACAAACAGUUAUGCAUAAUAACUUGCGGAGAGGACAAGACAAUUAAGGUGUGGGAUGCUAUUGCAGGUACUAAGAUGUUCGCUUUUGAGGGUCAUGAAGCUCCUGUCUAUUCUGUGUGUCCACAUCAGAAGGAAACCAUUCAGUUCAUCUUUUCAACAGCAAUUGAUGGGAAAAUAAAGGCUUGGUUGUAUGAUAACAUGGGCUCAAGAGUUGAUUACGAGGCACCUGGGCGUUCUUGCACUACGAUGGCUUAUAGUGCGGAUGGGACCAGGUUAUUCUCAUGUGGGACUAAUAAAGAGGGAGAGUCACACAUUGUUGAGUGGAAUGAGAGUGAGGGAGCUGUCAAGCGAACAUACCAUGGGCUUGGAAAGCGAUCUGUGGGGGUUGUGCAGUUUGAUACAACCAGAAAUCGAUUCUUGGCUGCUGGUGAUGAGUUCCAGAUCAAAUUUUGGGAUAUGGACAAUGUUACCCUUCUGAAAGCCAUCAACGCUGAGGGGGGAUUACCGUCUUCUCCUUGCUUACGCUUCAAUAAGGAAGGGAUUUUGCUGGCUGUGUCAACAAGUGACAAUGGAAUCAAAAUACUUGCAAAUGCUGAUGGUGCUCGGCUUUUGCGCUCCAUUGAAAAUCGUGCUCUUGAUGCCUCUAGAGUUGCUUCUGCUGCAGCUGCAAAGGGACCCAUAAUUAGUGCAUUUGGUGCUUCAAGUUCAAUUGCUGGAACAGCUGUUGGGGUGGUUGAUAGAAGUUCAGCAAUGACUGCAAUUGUUGGAUUGAAUGGUGAUAGCCAUUCUAUGUCAGAGGUAAAACCUAGAGUUGCUGAUGAUUCAGAGAAAUCUAAGCUCUGGAAACUAACUGAAAUCAAUGAAUCAUCUCAACUUCGUUCCUUGCGCCUUCCUGACAGUCUGUUGCCAAUAAAGGUUGUUAGAAUGAUAUAUACAAACUCAGGAAGUGCCUUAUUAGCACUAACAGAUAAUGCUGUACACAAAUUGUGGAAGUGGCAAAAGAAUGAGCGCCACCCUUCUGGAAAGGCAACUAGUAAUUUGGCACCACAGUUAUGGCAACCAUCUAGUGGGAUAUUGAUGACCAAUGAUAUGCGUGAGACAAACCAAGAAGAUGCUGUUCCAUGCUUUGCUCUUUCAAAGAAUGACUCUUAUGUUAUGUCAGCAUCCGGAGGAAAAAUUUCUCUGUUUAAUAUGAUGACAUUUAAGACAAUGACAACGUUCAUGCCCCCACCUCCUGCUGCAACAUUUCUUGCUUUCCAUCCUCAGGACAACAACAUUAUUGCCAUAGGCAUGGAUGACUCUUCAAUUCAAAUCUACAAUGUCCGGGUUGAUGAGGUCAAAAGCAAGCUGAGAGGUCAUCAAAAGAGAGUUACUGGUCUUGCAUUUUCUAAUGUUCUGAAUGUUCUUGUAUCAUCAGGAGCUGAUGCUCAGUUGUGCGUAUGGAGCAUGGAUGUAUGGGAGAAGCAGGCUAGCAAAUCCUUGCCAAUUCCUAGUGGUCGUGUGCUGAAUCCUCUUGGACACACUCGUGUUCACUUUCACCAAGAUCAAAUACAUUUGCUAGCCAUCCAUGGAACGCAGCUAGCCAUAUAUGAAGCUCCAAAGCUAGAGUGCUUGAAGCAGUGGAUUUCCAGAGAAUCAAAUGGUUCAAUCACAGAUGCUGUGUAUUCAUGUGAUAGUCUGUCAAUCUAUGCAAGCUUUGAAGACGGAACUGUGGGUAUUCUAUCUGCAACAACUCUUCAGCUUCGUUGCCGGAUCAGUCCUGGUGCUUAUUUACCACCAAAUCCCAGCUCAAGGGUAUAUCCGGUUGUAGUUGCAGCCCAUCCAACUGAUCCUAAUCAAUUUGCACUUGGACUUAGUGAUGGAGGAGUCCAUGUUCUGGAGCCACCAGAAUCAGAAGGAAAGUGGGGCAUCUCCCCUCCAGUUGAAAAUGGUGCUGGACCUAGUAUCUCAUCCGCAGGGGGAUCCGAGCAACAACAGCCAAGGUAGCAACACCUGGUUCAUGGUUUUAACUGAUGAUAGUUUGUCCCAUCGUGUGCCCCAUUUUAUUUUACGGGGAGCUGCAAAUCAUUGGGUUCUUAGCAUAGGAUACACAGUAUGCGUGUUGGCAAAAGUGAUUAGAAGAUUAGUUUUGUCUUUAAACAUGAAUCUGUAUUCUAGACCCUGGGAUAUCCCCUCCGUAAAUAUGAGCAGAAAUGUUUAGUAAUAUGUUAUAAUAAAAUAGGUAGGAGGCAGGGGAAGAGGCAAAAUUAGUUAUUAGCUCUGCAUCUUCAGGAGUUUGCCUCUCAUAUUAGACAUACAGAAUAAUUGCUAUUAUUGCUUUUUUUAUUGUGCUGAUGUAUUUUAGUAUGUGUCAGGUUAUUUUACAGGUUUCUUAGACCUUAAUGGGAAUGGAUGGUUGUCUGUUUUAAUUUUAGAAAUGUUCAAUUUUAUAAGCCCAAAAAAAUAAGGCAAUUUCUACUAGGCUACUUUAAAAAAAAUAGUUUCGCAGCACUUAUCGGCAAAAUUGACAGUCGUGUAAUGUUACAAUAAAACAUUCUCUUCUUAAAAUAGUUGUAAUGCUGGGUAAGUGUUUGCAUCUGUAUCCCUUACUAAAUUUGGAAAUGUAAC